AUGCAACGCCCUUCAUCUGCAGUAGACUUUACUGCCAUCCUUAACCCUUCUCCUUCCUCAGAGUCCGCGACUCCUUCUCAACCCUCCAAAGAGACGCCCAAGACCGUCAGCACCGCCGCCCAAACCACCAGUACGUCGACGACUACUCAGACCGACAGCAAUAUGGCUGCUGCAGUCAGCCUCAUGCCUAGUGCAAUGUCUUCGCAGACUACGAACGCUGAAGAGAGGGCGGAUCUCCCGCGGCCGUACAAGUGCCCUCUUUGCGACCGGGCAUUCCAUCGAUUAGAACACCAAACGAGGCAUAUUCGAACACACACGGGAGAAAAGCCUCACGCUUGCCAGUUUCCUGGCUGCAGUAAGCGCUUCAGCCGAUCCGACGAGCUGACUCGACACUCGCGCAUUCACAACAAUCCCAACUCUCGUCGAAAUCAAAAGACUCAUCAAGUUGCCGCCGCCGCCCUUGCAGGUCUUCAGGAUGUGUCAAACCAAAAUUUCUCUGCUCAGGCCCAGAUGAUGCCGCCGCCUAGCAAGAACAACAUGCCCAGGUCGGCCCCUACAUCUACCGUCGCCUCCCCGAAUGUGUCGCCGCCUCAUUCCUUCGCGGUUCAAUCCUCACAUACACCUCACGUUCCAACAAAUCUCGGCCCCUUUGCGCGAAAUGAUGACAGAUCGAAUGCUAUGGACAUCAAUCUUCUUGCUACUGCCGCAUCGCAAGUCGAGAGAGACGAGCACAUCACCCGAGUACCUUACCAACAUCAGCAUCACCUGUUUAGUCAUCGGAAUCACAACAGUAACGGAAGACUGCCGUCCUUGUCCGCUUACGCCAUUUCCCAUUCGAUGUCUCGGUCUCAUUCGCAAGAAAAUCAUGACGAUGACCACCGCGUCAAGAGAUCAAGACCCAACUCGCCUCAUUCUACUGCCCCGUCCUCGCCAACGUUCUCCCAUGAGUCAAUAUCUCCAACUCCGGAUCAUACGCCUCUUGCCACGCCGGGCCACUCUCCACGUCUUCGACCCCAUGGCAGUGAUCUACAACUCCCUGGACUUCGCCAUCUUUCCUUGGGACAUACACCGCUGCUUGCACCGAUGGAGCCUCAAGCCGAUGGAUCUUAUUCUCAUAUUCCGCCUCCUCAACACACUGGCCCGUCAAUUGCGGAUAUUGUCACGGGAACUCAAAGAAAACUGCCUGUGCCGCAACUUCCGAAGAUUGGCGUAUCUGAAAUGCUGAACCCGCCCAGCGGACUGAGCUCUGGCGAAUCUAGUACUGCAGCAUCAAUCAAUGGGGAUUUUCCAAGGUGA